AUGCUCGAUGCAUCUUUUAUCAACAGUUCUUUGAAGAGCGCUUUGGGGAAUGGUGUUGAAGCCGUUAUUCUUCUGGAUGGAAAUGGCGUUCUGCUUUCUUCGGCAUCGCUGAAUCCGGAAUACGUCUGUCAGAAGGAACACUCUAUGAUUGUUGCCGCCACGGGAAACGUGUGGCGUGCAUGUGCUCGUAACGACUUGACGAAAAAUAAACUUACAAAUGAGAUAGAACCGGAGGCAUUGGAGCAGGUCCUGAUUGAUUUUGGUUGCAGGAAAAUCUGCGCCAUGUCUGUGGGGGGUUCG